AGCAUCGCAAGAAUCCAUCGGGGUCGGAUUAUAGUUGACAAUGCGAUCACGGCUGAAGAGGCUCAGGAGUAGAUCAAUUCAUCACUGCUUCAAGGCAUCAAUCUCGGGGAGAGUCGUUGGUGGGCCUCUGGUGUCAUCAGUACCUUGAUGGAUGGAAUUGAUGAAGACCGUCCUAUCUAAAAGCCCAAUAUCGAAUCUAUGAGGCUCGAGCAAUUCCAGUUCGACACGAUGCAAUCAAACAUCGGACGAAAGCGGCGGCGCUCUCCCGAUAUUGCGACCAACGCCCUAUCGUAUCGUCCUACCAUCUCCCCCACCUCGCACAGGUUUCAGCGACACAGUAAUCCUCACCAACACCCGCCUUGUCAACAUCAAGCACCUCAUACCACCUUCCCAAGCCUCCCGUCCACCCCGUCGGCGUCCCGCGACGACCCAACGCCGUCACACAAUCCCCAACCCCUCCCGUCCUCUCCCCCUCAUCCGCCCAAAGGCCCACCAUGCUUCGCCCUCCACGACUUCACCACCGCCUUCGACACAUCCUUCCUCCGCCCUCCCUCCCCUUGCGAGGAGCCCUGCCCCAUCGCCUGCACGUCCGAGGACGACGCCUGCGGAAUCCCCGGCUACUGCGCGCUCCCCACCUGCGUCGACGCCGGCUGCGCAGACGGUCUGAACGACAGGUGCGGGGAGAUCCCCUGCGAUGGAUGUGAUUGCUCGCAGCCGUGUACGGACAGCAACUGCUUCGACGGGGGGCUCUAUCAGUCGCCCUGCUUCGAGGAGGGGUGUCUCCAUUCGUAUCCCGGAGACGUGGGGCCGAUGUACCCGCCCGACGAACCGGAGAUGGAUGGCGAUGUCACGGAGUGUGACGACUGGCAGUGCCUGUUGGCAGGGCAGUUGCAAAAUGGGCAGCAGUGGUGGAGCGGGAGUGGGUUGGAGCUGUGCCAGGAGGCGCACGAUGGGCAUCCGUCCUGGCCUCACUUCCACACGCUGGCCCAGACGUCCAUUGCGAAUCAGAUAUCCUCGCAAUUUCCUGGCACAUUGAUGGGCGACGAUGGCCGGACACGGCAUGGCCACCAUACCUGCUUCAACUCGCCGGUAUCAAGACCGCAUACUGAACAGGGGUCUCUGCCGUUUCAAGAACAAGAGUAUUCGGUUCUACGGUCCGAUCCAUUCGGGCUGGAUUUGUCUCGUCUGCAACAAGGAACCAAUCUCCAACCGCCGUUAACGAGCCUGCGAGAACAAAGGACCGAAAUUCCAGGGACCAGUCCAAUCAAGUCCCAACCAAACACAACCAUCGAGGCAUCGCCCCAUGUGAUAUCAACCUCAAACCUCCCCACACCCCCCCUCACCACCUCCACCUCCGCAACCGACCCCAUCCCUCCCACCGAACUCUACCAAUGCAACUGGGUCACCGACCCCACCGACCCCACCACCUGCUGCCCCCUCACCUUCCCCACCGCCUCCGCCCUCCAACACCACUUCGAACGCGCCCACACCGCCCUCCUCUCCGGCACCUACCACUGCCAACGCCUGCACUGCGACCGCUUCUGCGGCCGCGACUUCCGCCAGCGCGGCAAGCUCAACCGCCACCUGCUCGUGCACUCCGGCUUCUGCGAGCACGUCUGCGACCUGUGCGGCAAGGCGCACGGCACCAAGGAGCAGUUGAAGAACCACUAUACGACGCACACGAAGGAGAAGCCGUAUGUGUGCGGCUGGUGCGGGCAGCGGAGCGCGACGGCGACGCAGCAGAAGAAUCAUGAGCGGACGCAUACGAAGGAGAAGCCGUUUGUGUGUCGGGUGUGUGGGCAUCGGAGUGGGGAUGUAAGUUUUUCGGAGGGAUCAAAUCAACGGAAGAAUGAUGGCUAACUUGAUGGCAGUCAUCGAAUCUAUCGAAACAUAUGAAGAGUAAACAUCCGGGGUAUGAUCGGAAGGGGAACGAUAAGUCGUCGCCAGUGCUGGGAGAUAUGAAGGAGGAGGGGGUGUCAUGAGUCAGGACCGAUCUAGGGGAUGUCAUUGGAUUUUGGGAGAUGGACUUUUGCGUCGCUGUCGGCACCCUGUUGUCGAUUUAUCGUCUAUCUUCGUGGCAUGGGUGUGAACCGCUCCUUGUUUACAUAAAACUGUAUUACGAUGUAGCAUGCGUCCAUAAACCCGACGAA